AGCUCAGCCCUUUCUGUACAUCAGAGAAUCCACACAGGGGACAGGCCCUAUGAAUGCCGUGAGUGUGGGAAAACCUUCAAUCGCAGUUCGCACCUUAUUAGUCAUCAAACAAUCCACAGAGGAGAGAGGCCCUAUGAAUGCCGUGAGUGUGGGAAAUGCUUCACUAGCAGCUCAAACCUUUCUCAACAUCAGAGAAUCCACACAGGGGAGAGGCCCUGUGAAUGCCGUGAGUGUCGGACACGCUUCACUAGCAGCUCAAACCUUUCUCAACAUCAGAGAAUCCACACAGGGGAGAGGCCCUUUGAAUGCAGUGAGUGUGGGAAAAGCUUCACUAGCAGCUCAGACCUUUCUAAACAUCAGAGAAUCCACACAGGGGAAAGGCCCUAUGAAUGCCGUGAGUGUAGGAAAACCUUCAAUCGCAUUUCACACCUUAUUAGGCAUCAAACAAUCCACAGAGGAGAGAAGCCCUAUGAAUGCCGUGAGUGUCGGAAAUGCUUCACUAGCAGCUCGGCCCUUUCUGUUCAUCAGAGAAUCCACACAGGGGAAAGGCCCUUUGAAUGCCGUGAGUGUAGGAAACGCUUCACUAGCAGCUCAAACCUUUCUCAACAUCAGAGAAUCCACACAGGGGAGAGGCACUUUGAAUGCAGUGAGUGUGGGAAACACUUCACUAGCAGAUCAGACCUUUCUCAACAUCAGAGAAACCACACAGGGGAGAGGACCUUUGAAUGCCGUGAGUGUGGGAAAUGCUUCACUAGCAGCUCAAACCUUUCUCAACAUCAGAGAAUCCACACGGGGGAGAGGCCCUUUGAAUGCCGUGAGUGUGGGAAAAGCUUCACUCAAAGAUCAGUCCUUUCUAGACAUCAGAGAAUCCACACAGGGGACAGGCCCUAUGAAUGCACUGAGUGCGGGAAAACCUUCAAUCGCAGUUCGCACCUUAUUAGGCAUCAAAAAAUCCACAGAGGAGAGAGGCCCUAUGAAUGCCGUGAGUGUGGAAAAUGCUUCACUAGCAGCUCAGACCUUUCUCAACAUCAGAGAAUCCACACAGGGGAGAGGCCUUAUGAAUGCCGUGAGUGUGGGAAAAUUUUCACUUACAGAUCAGACCUUUCUAGACAUCAGAGAAUCCACACAGGGGACAGGCCCUAUGAAUGCACUGAGUGUGGGAAAACCUUCAAUCGCAGUUCGCACCUUAUUAGGCAUCAAACAAUCCACAGAGGAGAGAGGCCCUAUGAAUGCCGUGAGUGUGGAAAAUGCUUCACUAGCAGCUCAGACCUUUCUCAACAUCAGAGAAUCCACACAGGGGAGAGGCCCUAUGAAUGCCGUGAGUGUGGGAAAAGCUUCACUUACAGAUCAGACCUUUCUAGACAUCAGAGAAUGCACACAGGGGAGAGGCCCUAUGAAUGCCGUGAGUGUGGGAAAAUUUUCACUUACAGAUCAGACCUUUCUAGACAUCAGAGGAUCCACACGGGGGAAAGACCCUAUGAAUGCCGUGAGUGUGGGAAAACCUUCAAUCGCAGCUCGCACCUUAUUAGUCAUCAAACAACCCACACAGGGGACAGGCCCUAUGUAUGCAGUGAGUGUGGGAAAACGUUCACUCAAAGAUCAGCCCUUCCUGCUCAUCAGAGAAUCCACACAGGGGACAGGCCCUAUGAAUGCAGUGAGUGCGGGAAAACCUUCAAUCACUGCUCAAACCUUAUUACCCAUCAGAGAAUCCACACAGGGGACAGGCCCUAUGAAUGCAGUUUGUGUGGGAAAACC